AUGGCGGCAGUCGGCUUCUUCCCACUCUGCCAAAGUCUCGUCCCCUCCGCGUUUCGAUCUCUCCCCCGGCUGGAUCUUCGUCGAAAUCGGCUCUUGGAUCGACGCUCUUCAUCCACUUUCGCUUCUCAGAUAACCUCUCCCUGCCCCUCCCGCGGGUACUUCGUCCGCGUUGGGACCGGGAAAGGGGGCGAGCCAGCGGGCGACGAGUCCCAGUUCCUGGACGAGGAAGGGGUGGUCAACGAUAUGGAUGGCUACCUCAACUACCUCUCCCUGGAGUACGACUCUAUCUGGGACACCAAGCCCUCAUGGUGCGUCUCCUGAGUUCUGGAGCAUAGAUUCCAGUUUCAUUUCGCUGUGAUUGUCCACGUGUAUCGACUGGACCUUCCUCACCUCUGAGUGGCUUCCCGGUGUUGAGAUGGAGUCGCCAUUGACGGUUUUCUUCGUGUUCUUCAGUGAUUUUGUUUUCUCAAAUCUACUUGUGAAAAUUUCUUGCUCUGUCCCCCCAUUAAGUUCUUGCCUCUUUCCAUUUCCGAGCUCUUCGUCAGCUUCAACCUCCUUUCCUCUUUAAUUUUCUUCGGGUUUCACCCUACAGAAAUAGUUUUUGGGUUCGACUUUUUGGCGAUCUAAAGCCAACAUAGCUUAGAAUCAUCCGUUUUUUCAGAGUUUUCUUUAUCACAUAUGCAGUUCAUUGUCAGCCACUGUCUUCACUCCCUUUUGGGUGCGCAAGAUUUUGAACCACAGCCUUCUUGGUAUUUCUCUGAGAGAUUUCUGAUAUCAUAAGAUGGAUUAAUGUCAUUGGUUGACAUUAUCCAAGAGACUGUAUUUAUCAAAUUUCUCUCCUAACCUUUGAAAGUAAUUUCUUUGCCUAAACUUGAGGAUCCUACUACACGAUGUGGUGGGGUGUUCUCAGGACGAUCACAUGUUUGAUAACAGAGCAAUGGUAAUUUCUUGGGUUUACAUUGCUGGAAGAUUGCAUCAUGAACUUACUUUCGGCGGCUGUUUGUAAUGCUAAAGAUCAAAACGGAGCACACAUUUAGAACGGCCGAAAGUUUCCUUUCUAUAUGUUCAUAACUCCUUCUGACCUCGAACUAUAUCAUUCUUGUAUCAUAGGUGAUGCCUAUCAUCAGUUGUUGUCAACGCCUUCUGAGAAUUCCAACCUUUCACAUGAUAAAUUUCCACCAAGAAAACCAUUUGCCACAUAUGUAGUUGCCUAGCUUUUUCCGAACAAAAUGCGCCUGAAAAUAGUUAUUUAGUAAUGAAAGAUCGGCUCAAAGAACUAGGCUACUUAUGGUUCCAUCACGCUUUUCUUCUUAUAUUUAUUCCAUUAAAUGUCGUCAAUGGCUCUGCUCAAAGAUUAGGGUUCUAAAAAAAUAAUUAAAAAUUUAAAAAUCUCGAAUUUCUUUUGCUGGUAAUGCAGUUCAUAUUGGCGUACUAGUUUUUUUAUCUCAUCUCUACAUCAUGUUUCUGUCACAGGUGUCAGCCAUGGACGAUAUUGCUUACAGGGGCACUGGCAAUUGGUUGUAGCUGGGUAUUUGUGCAUUCAUUAAUACUCACUGCCGUUGUCUCCUCAUUGAUCUGUGCAUGGUGGUUCGUUUUCUUAUACUCUUAUCCAAAGGUUUGUCAUUUCGCCCUCCAUUUUUCUUUUAUAAUUAUGCAAGACAGUACAAAUGGUUGAUAUAAUUAUUUAUAAGUCUAGCCUUUUCGGAAAUUAUACUUCAAAGUUUAUUCAAAGAACCCCACGCACUUGCUUUGAUAUCAUUCAUAGUUUCUCCACCAAUGAUAAAAUCCAGAUUAUCUCUUGUUGUGUUAUUAGAAUUAAGAAAUUAAUAAUUUAUUUUAAUUGAAAAAUAUGUCAAUAUCUACUUUCUGUAUGUUUAAUAUCCUGCGCGCAUACAUUUUAUUCAUAAUUUCUGACGUUGAAAAUUUAGUGAAUGCUGAUUGUUUUCAUAAAAAAAAAAUACAGAUAUCUAUACCUAUGUUUUUAUAUAAUUUCUCAUGCUUAUUCUAGUGUUUUAGAAUCGUUUUAACACAUUUAUCAAAGGCAUCAAUCAAUCAGUUUCCUCACUGUUGCCUACUCAUGAAGCGGAUGACCACUUUGGUCAACCUUGUCGGUUCUAAAGCCCCUCACUUAAUCUCGUCACAGCUGGCAUUGACUUGAAUUCUCUGCAUCGUCAAACCCAUCCAGUUUGACUCCUUGACUCACACAAGCUGGAUUCGUUCAUUGAUCAUAGAUAGUUGUCUCAGACCUUUCCCAAUCUGGAAACCUGAACUCAUAGAGAGUCCAAUCAUCAAGCUCCAGGCAGAAGUGGUUCUUUCCUCAUCAUUCUUUCUUUCUCUUCUUCUUUUUCUUUGUCUUCUGAAAAUCAUGACCAGUGUGGAUGGGAUUCAUAUCAGAAGAGGGUUUUUCUUGCUGUUCUUGCAGUUUCCCCUUUAAAAUAUUUAUAAAUAUGCUCACUUAAUUUAUUAACCAUCAUUUUAUAUAUAUUUAAAAAUAUUUACGCCUUUAAAUAGAAAUAAUUCAAUGAUCCCCACAUUUGUAAACCACUCAACUUGCCCAUACAUUGUUUAAAUAUUAUGAUUUUUAUUUAAUAAUUUAUCGGCAUCAUCGUCAGCAGAAGAAGGGCAGAGCAGGUAGGGUUCAUAGAUAAAUUAUUAAUAUCAUCAAACCAUGCUUUUACUCGUUUCAACAUGCAACGAUUUUUCUGAUUUUUAGUGAGAAUCCGAAAUAUCUGAGGGCCUGAUGAUCUGCUUGGCUUCUUCUGCAGGCGUAUGCUGAUAUGAUAACGCAGAGGAGAAAAAAUGUCGUCAGUGGUGUUGAGGACACUUUUGGUAUCACCAAGAAUCAAUGA